AAGCGGAGCCAGAGCCCAACCCAGCCCAGCCCAUUUACCACUUCCCGCACCAGUGGCGGCUCGCCUCCGCCGCGAACCGCAGCGCCUUCAUCGAUGGCGGAGGCGGCGGCGGACGUGGCGGCGGCGUCGCUGUUCGGUGCCGACCGCCGCCUCUGCUCCGCUGACAUCCUCGCGCCGGCUGAGGUCCGGGCAAGGAUCGAGGUGGCGGUGCUUAACUUCCUGGCCGCACUCGCUUCGCCCACCUCGCCGGCCAUCUCCGUCCUCCCCCUGAUUAGCCGGAGCUCUGCCAACUGCAGCCUGCGCAGCGGGUUGCUGAGUGAUGUUUCGUCGAUUUACCUCUCAUACGCCUUCUGCAAGAGGUCCCUGAUGAGAGAAAGCAAUGGAAAGGCGUUCGUAAGAGUAUGGAAGGUCAUGGAGAUGUGCUACAAGAUCUUGGGGGAGGGGAAGCUGGUCCACCAACGGGAGUUGUUCUACAAGCUCCUCUCGGACUCGCCCAAGUACUUCAGUUGUCAGCGUCAUGUCAACAGAGCCAUUCAAGAUGUAGUUUCCUUGCUCCGGUGUACAAGGCAGAGCCUAGGAGUCAUGGCAUCAAGCAGAGGGGCCCUGAUUGGGCGCCUUGUGUUGCAUGAACCAGGUGAAGAACAAAUUGACUGUUCUAUUCUUGGAGCUUCAGGACAUGCAAUUACUGGAGACCUGAAUGUAUUGAGCAAAUUAAAUUUGUCUUCAGAUGCCCGGUAUAUCAUUGUAGUGGAGAAGGAUGCCAUAUUCCAGAGGCUAGCUGAAGACCGCUUGUAUAAUCAGCUUCCUUGUAUCCUGAUCACUGCUAAGGGAUAUCCUGAUAUCGCCACUAGGUUUAUCUUGCAUCGAUUGAGCCAGACUUUUCCAAAUAUGCUGAUUUUCGCAUUAGUGGAUUGGAACCCAGCAGGGCUUGCUAUUCUGUGCACUUACAAAUAUGGAAGCAUAUCAAUGGGUUUGGAGUCAUACAGAUAUGCUUGCAAUGUGAAAUGGCUUGGGCUAAGAGGGGAUGAUCUGCAGCUUAUCCCUGAUCGUGCAUUUCAAGAGCUGAAGCCACGUGAUUUGCAGAUUGCCAAAAGCUUGCUGUCAUCAAAGUUCCUACAGGAGUCUCACAGAGCUGAGCUGAUGCUGAUGGUGGAGACGGGCAAGCGUGCGGAGAUUGAGGCCCUCUACUCACACGGGUUCGAUUUCUUGGGGAAGUACAUUGCGAGAAAGAUUGUACAGGGCGAUUACAUCUGACACUACCGUGUGCCAUGUUGUUUGUUUCUCUUUUUGUACUGAGCGCUGAAAUGUUAGCAUGGUUGCAUGGUCUGCAUUAACUAACGUCCAAUGCCUGUAGAUUGAUACAAUGAUGAUAUUGAACUAUACAUAAAUAGAAAAGAUUUUUGCUGCUUCU